UGCUGAGUCAUUUCUACCUCAGCUCUUUUUGCUUAAUCGUGUAUUAAUUCAUCAAGCUCGGGUGAGAUUUAACAGUUUGUGAAACAUACCCUCAAGUCAUUCAACGGAAAAUGUCUGGUUACGAGUUGCACUACUUCAAUGUCCGCGCAAAAGGAGAGGUUGGUCGUCUCGCUUUGUCAGCUGCGAAUUUCGAAUUCAAGGAUCUACGCCAUACUCGCGAACAAUGGCUCGAAAUCAAAGCUUGUGAGUAUUUCAUUUUCUUGAUCAACAUAACGUCUUAAUAAUUUUCUCCACUUCAGAUUAUUUCAAACAGUAGCUCAAGUAAAAGAGAAAUUGAAAAAAAGUAUAUAUCUCCUCAGACCUAAAUCCUAUUGAUCGAUCAGUCGAUAUUAUGCAACGUUUCAAAAUAUAUAGACACAUUGUGAAUAUAGGGAAUUGCUAAAAUACAUGCAACUGACGUUAUUUUUACAAUUUCGAUUUGGUUUCUGCAUAGCUACACGAAUGAAUCUAGUGUGGAAGUCUUCAGAGUAAAGCUCUACCUGCAUAAAUUAGGGUCUAACGGAGAGUUUAUCGGUCACGCAAUAUGUAAAUAUUGUGCUGGAAUAUUCGGAUCAACUGACGGCAGUCAGUACUCCCCGCCGAGAUGUUAAAAACUGUUAUUCAUCGGUUCUGUCACAAAACCUUAGGCAAACUCUGUCGCCCGGUUAAAAAAAAAGGAAAAUGUUAGCGUGCCGUGCUAAACUCAUGAAGUGCGGCGCUAACAUCGAUUUUUUUUUAAUAACUUCAUUCAAAACAUUGACGUCGUCACUUAAUGACUGACCGGAUAUCUUCCCUGAAAUCAUCGACAUAUAACAAUCAUUUUUAACCUUCUUUUGUUUUUGUUUUAGCUGGAAAGCCUCCGCUCGGCCAAAUGCCAUUUAUUGUGACUCCUGAAGGAAAAACACUGGCGCAGUCUGAUGCAAUUUUGAAGUACAUUUGCAAAAAGGGAGGUGGGUAACGUUAUGAGUUGUGAUAAAGCUAUGAAAUACUUGUAGAACCAAAUAUUGUAAGUCAGACUGGAGAGGUUAUUAUCAGGAAAAUACAAUAAAGUGGCAGAUAAGGGAUUAAAUAUUGGCAGUGUAUGAUUCCCCUAUUACGCAACGAUGAUAACUCCGGAAUUGAAUAUUCAGUCACAGAUCAGCUACCAAGCAGUUGUUAGAGUCACUUAGUGUCUGAUAUGCUAAGAACAAAUUUGUUUCAUUGCAUACCGCAAUAUCCCCUCCAUAUGAACCCUCCAAGUCAAUCCUGUUUUCCUUCCUUUUUUUCUUGUUUUAAAAACUAACCCUAUAUUUCUGCGACUUAACAGCGGUCUUUUUAAAUAACUCCUUUAUCCUUUACAGGCUUGAGUCCAACCGAUCCCUGGGAUGAAGCAGUAGCGGACCAGAUCUGCGGUGGUGUCGACGAUCUUCGUCUUGCAGUAGUUAAGGCCCACUUUGAAAAAGAUGAGGCUAAAAAGGUAUGUAUCUGUUGAAAAUUCAUCCAUCUUUGGUUUUCAAAUUUGAAGUUUGCUUGGCCAAAAUUCUAACGAUCACGACCUAAAGCCGAAAAGACAGCCUUAAUUUAAACCCAGUGGUUCUAGUUCUAGUCAUUGCGUAGGACUAAGGAAGCAGAGGUUACUAAUAAUUAGAUUGUGACUCGUUUCCCUUGUUAUGAUUGGUUAGUUUUGUGUAAAUUACGCCAGUAACGUUAUAGCCUUGCAAUAAGAUCUUUUCAACAUUAACUCUGUUUGUUUCUGUUUUUCAAAGGAAGAACUAAGGAAAGAAUUCCUGGAAACCACGCUGCCCGCCCGACUUGCAAAUUACGAUGCUCUUCUGAAAGGAACAUAUUUCAUGGGUGAUAAAGUAAGUUGCUAAGUUACGGGUGUAUUGUACUUGUUAUGGGACUCAAAGUAACCUGAUGGCUGGCGGACUGAGCUCCAAAACGAAAGGUCUGGGUUUAAGUCCUGAAUGGGACUUUGUGUUGUGCUCGUAAACAAGACACUACCCUUUCACAGUGCCUUACUUCAUGUUGUAGUAUACUUGGUUUCUGGACAGGGCUAGGGAAACCAGAAGAAAAAAAAUGUCUAGGGAUAACCUGAGAUCGAAUAGCAUAGAAUUCGAAAAGAGCAAAGAUACUCUUAGUCACGUGAUGCUAAAGAAACAGGAAAAUGAUCUGGUGAUAAAGGCCUCGUGUCGUAAGUGCAUACUUUACAAAACGGACACCCUGUGCAACAUAUCUUCAGUAAAGUAUUUAAUACCUACUACGCAUGCUCUAAUUAGUCAGAAUCCAUCGUCUAUUGUUUUGAUAAACUCAUACCUGUUUUGAACCAGCGAUUAACUCUACCAUCUGCGGGUUUACCGGUGUAACAAUCCACUUGGGAUGGUGGGUGUACAUCGAAUUAAAAAAAUGCUGGUGAUUUAAAAGCUCUCCUCUAGUUUUUUGAACAUCGCGCAGGGGCAACCGCACCCAUACAUCGAAAAAAAACCGGUCUGUUGCUUAAAUGCCAAUAGGUAAUAGCCUCUAUUUGGCGCGAAAAUAUGAGCGGUUAUUUGUCCGCGGACAUUUUCUCUUUCAAGAUGCGAACAGUUUCAGCUGUGGAAUAUUCGGUAAAGUGUUACGUUGAGACCAGUCACCGACAAAAAAGAUUUGAUGGAUCAUAACUAAUGAUAUUGCGAUUAAUAUUCUAAGGUAUGGAGAAUGGGAGGCUUAAAAACAUAAAAAGGGCGAGGAAUAGCACUGUUUAACAGUUCAGAAUGAUAAAACAAAACAUAAUGACUAUUAUUCUGUUUAACCCAGGGAAAUGAAUUUGAGACGAUAUUCAGCUGGAUUUAAACUAUAGUAUGAUUUUACGAAUAUAUACAUCUUUGUAAGAGAACGGUUGUUUCUCAGACGGUCUUAUACUUGCCCUUUUUUUUUCUAGUUGACCUAUGCCGACAUUACCUUCUUCGACUUCUUUAACGGCUUCAUGAACAAUGGAGCACCUACCGUCCCGGAUUGUCUCAGCAAAUUUCCAAGGCUGGUGGCGCAUUAUGAGAAAGUGCUGGAAAAUGCAGGAAUAAAGGCUUGGGUGGAGAGGCGCCCUAAGACUGACUUCUAAGCAAUUUAUCUGUGAUUGUGAAAGCAGAAUGCUUGAUUCUCAAAUGUUAAUCUA